UCAGAACCCACAAGUCAAAAAGAAAACUUUUUUUAUCAGUGUGGCUAAGGAAAGCCAUAACCCAUGGCCUUAUCCUCUACCUCACUACUUUCAGCUCUUAACACAACUGAUUCAGUUCCCAAAGUGCUUCACUUUCAUUCACCACCUUCUUCUUCUUCUUCUUCUCACUUCCCAGUUAGACCCACCAUCUAUCACACCAGUCAUUCCCUUAGUAUCUCUGAGAAAUGGAGAGCAAAAGUUUCAUUUUUUCCUGCUUUCUUGAAGAGAGGAAAAGAUGCUAAGAUCAUCAAGGAAGAACUUCUUGAGGCCAUUGCACCACUUGAUCGAGGGGCUGAUGCCACUCCCGAAGACCAGCAAAGAGUUGAUCAGAUUGCACGCAAACUUGAAGCAGUUAAUCCAACAAAGGAGCCCCUAAAAUCUAAUCUACUGGAUGGAAAAUGGGAGCUUAUGUACACUACCUCGCAGUCAAUCUUGCAAACCCAGAGACCAAAGUUGUUGAGAUCAGUCACCAAUUACCAAGCAAUCAAUGUCGAUAUUCUCAGGGCACAAAAUAUGGAAUCUUGGCCAUUCUUCAAUCAGGUGACAGCGGAUUUAACACCUCUAAAUGCAAAGAAAGUGGCUGUGAAAUUCGAUACUUUCAAAAUUGCAGGCUUCAUACCUAUUAAGGCGCCUGGAAGAGCUCGUGGUGAACUUGAAAUAACAUAUUUGGAUGAAGAACUGCGGGUAUCAAGAGGUGACAAAGGAAACUUGUUCAUCCUUAAAAUGGUUGAUCCAUCUUACCGGGUUCCUGCAUGAUAUGCACAAUCCUUGCAAUUGUUUUUCCUUCCUGAAAAUAUGUUGGAAAUUAUAUACUAGCAUUGUAAGACUAUUCAGACUGACUUGAAGCAUGUUGGGACUGUUCUUUCUGUACAAAAAUUCAGAUAAACUGAAAUAGUAUGGACAAAAUCUGUAAUGGGUAUUCCUUCUUAUUUUUUCUUUUUCCCCUUGAAUUUUGUAA